AUGUCAGACCAGACAGGGCAACAAGUCUACCACAUUCAUCCUCUCGGUUGGGAAAAUGACCCCGACGAGGAGCGUUACAGGCUCUCCCCGCUCGACUACGUGGGUACAUGCGUCUUCAACAACUACGCCCUUUACUUCAAGCUGGACGAUGGAGACAAGGCCAACGCCCUGGAGGUGCUUCGCAGUGGUCUCGAGCGAACCCUCUGCCAGACCCGCCAUCUUAGCAGCACCAUCGAGGAGGGCCCCGACGGCGAUCACUGGUUUGUCCGCAGGAAGGAAAACACAGUCGAGCUCCGCGUCCAGUGGCUGGACACGCUCGAGGACGAAGACAAGUACCCAUCCCUCCAGGACAUGGAAGACGCGCACUUCCGCGCCCAGGUUCUCGGCGACCUCGACCUCUGGCAGAUCCCGCAGAUGCGCUACGGCGGAGACAACCCGGAAGCACACCCCGACCGCCGCCCCUCUGUCCUGGGAUUCAAAGCCAGCUUCGUCCGCGGCGGCCUAGUCCUCGUGACCCACGUGCACCACCUGGCCAACGACACCACCGGCUGGGCCAGCUUCAUCCAGCAGCUCGCCGAGAACUGCCGCGCUUCCGUCACCGGCACCCCCUACCCGCCCUGGGACCCGGCCUGCCUGGUCGUCGCGCGGCGCCUGGCCAAGGGCCCGGUACCGGAGGACCAGAAGAUAACGGCGCCCUCGUCGCUCCUCAACGACCCAACCUCACCCCUACCCCUACCAGGCGGCCGGCAAGCCCUCCUCUUCCACCUCCCCAAAUCCAAAGCCGCUCAGCUCAAAGCCCUCGCCCACCCACCCCCCUCAGCCUCCUCCCGCUCCUCCACCACCACCCCCAUAACAAACCCAACAAACAACACCACCACCACCACCACCCCCCCAACCCCAACCCCCCCAAAAAUAUCCACCUACGACGCCACCACCGCCCUCCUCUGGCAGAUCCUCACCCGCCUCCGCCACGCGCACUACGCCUCCCGCAUCCCGCGCUCGGCCCGCCCCCUGUGGGCCACCGUCAUCGACAUGCGGCAGCGGCUCAGGCUGCGCACCGAUCUCGACCUCGUCGGCGUGCCGCCGUCGCCCACGAUCCCCGCGCGCAUGCAGCGCAACCUGCUCUCGGCGGCCGUCUCGCGGCUGCCGCUGCCCGGGGUGCCGGAGGAAGACGUCUGGCCGCUGCACCGGGUGGCGGCGUGGGUGCGGGCGAUGACCGAGGCCGGGGGCACGUGGGCGGUGCUGGAGGCGCUGCACGACCAGUUCCGGCUGCUGCGCGACAAGACGCGCGCCGCGGCCGACAUGUACAACCUGCCUGCGCUGGCGGUCGCUGUUUCGGAUCAUAGGGCGGCCGCGGCGGUGAUUGGAGGAGGGAGGGAAGGGGAGGGCGCUGAGUUUGGGUUUGGGAAGCCGGUUGCCUAUCGCCAGCUCUGGGGGAGGGUGGACGUUGGGUUGUUGAUUUUGUAUCCCGCGCGGGCUGGGAGUGGUGAGGAUGAGGGGUUGGAGUUUACGAUUGGGUAUGAGAAGGUGCUGGCAAAGGAGUUGGUGGAGGAUGAGGAGUUUAGGAGGUGGUUUGAAUAUCGGGGGGUUGAUUGGGAGGAUGAGUAAGGGGAUGUUGAUUGUCGGCAGACAUGGAGAUACAGAAGAGACACAGUUUAGAGUAAAUACAGAGAUAGAGAGAUAUAUAUACAUACCAGGUAGGUUGGUACUUCGUAGUUUAUAAGUUCAGUAGCUACCUACCUAGGGUACAUACCCAGAGACCUAGCUGAAUAGAUCAUCUACUUUCCC